AUGUUUGCUGCAGGACGUGGCUACUCCGAAUACAAAGCAAGUACGAUAAGUGGGGACUCGAAGGCCACUUUGGCUACUCGCCUAAUAACCACAAGGUUUUUCAGCUCUUCAAUCACGGUACUUGAUUCGCUCUACAAGAGCUACAAGUCUCUUGUUCGAGCAUUCAUCCAGAACCGCGAGACAGCAAGCCCUGUAGACGCUGUCAAAUUCAAAGUUCGUGGUCAAGAUUUUGCAGUGGAACUAGUCCUGAUGUUGGACAUAUUCACGCCCAUUAAAGACCUAUUGGAACGUUGCCAACGCGUCGAACAGUACAUCUGGAAUUCUAUUUUGUGGAUUCGAGACACCUUGGAACGGUUGGACCGAAUUAGUGCCGAACUCGAACAGCUACACAAAUUAGAUGAUCUCUCCCGCCUUCCCAGUCACUUGUUUCCGCACACCCGAAAGCAUGCGGAAGAACUUGGCAAACGAAAGUUUUUUGAUCUUGAGCUUCUGGACGGCUGGCUCACACGGCCUAGUCCCGGCCGCGGCAAGUCGGAUGGCGUUGAGUGGGUGCUUUAUGAGCCUGAAGAGUACCUUCAUGACGUGGCAGACCUUAGUAAAAAUUUAAAAUCAGCUCUACGAAAACGGUAUCAGGAUUGCUCAAGCCCUUUAGCUCACCUUCUCGAUGAAUGCCUCAAUCCGCGGCGAGUGUUGCAGUGUUUGACGGGUAGUCGAUCUGUGCCUGAUGGGCGGCCCAAGCUCGACCAAGGCAAUAAUUUCAAGCUUGGAGGCGUGACAGCUUUUCAUACUUUUUUCAACUUCGUAUGUUCACUCCCCCACGUGAAGAAAAGGCAGUCUGAAGAAGAUCUCGACUUCGAUCCUCAAUUUUCGAAUGAAACGUACUUCAAGUUUUGUACUUUCAUACACGAUUGUGUAUGGGGUAAGUCGGGGUUCUCCCUCAAGACCUGGUUUCCGGAGCUCCCAGAAGUCUCCUCACAGCUGGUGAAGAUGUCGCGCUGCGUGGCCAAAGAGGAGAAGUACGAGUUCUCUUUUUCAAUCGGCAAUUCAUUUUCAAGCUCCUUCGAUGAAGCCGCAUUUUUUAAAUCUUUCUACGUGGAUAAAAAGGUGUUUGAGAAGGUUGGGCAGGAACUCUGUACUGCUCUGGAUGUGGCUGUGUCCAUGGGUGGGUGUGAAGCCGUGGUUGAAUCGUUCUACUCCGUUGUGGACACCCAGCAGAAGGGAGGUAACAUGUCAAAUGAGACGUUGGAGGUCCAGGUUUUAGUCACUCGGUCCAGGUCCGGCGCCGGGCAGACCGGUCCGGGUCCGGGUUUUAGUCAGUACCCCCUGUCGCAUCUGCCAUAG